CAGCGAUCGAACGGCGCGGUCGCAUCUCGCGUUCACUCGUGAUACACCACAGCUUCGUUACCGAUGCAGCGACCGUCGAGAUGAGCGCCACCCGCGCCUCGCCCCCACCCCGCGCCUCUGUCUAUCUCGCUCGCACACACCUCUUUCUCACUCCCUCUCUCCCCCCGUCUCACUUCCUCGCUAAGAAUGCCGCGCUCUGAUUGGCUGAUGGCGGGCUCAACUCUUAUGCGCGCACGCAGCGCGUGGGCGCUUCUUCUCUUCCUGUUUCUUAUUGGCUUACCCCCCGGCGACAGCACAGAGUGGAGCAGCUCAGAACGUUCACCACCCCCACCGCCUCAACUCGUAGACGUGGAACUAGUCCGCGAUGCCCCUCUCUACCCCCCACUCCAAGAAGAACCUUCUUACAAUGACAUAGAGACCAGUUUAGAAGAAAACAGAAUUCUAGUCACGCCAGACCUGAGUAGUGUAAAUUCGAAUGAGACUGAUAUUAAAACGAAGGUACAAAAGGAAGUAGAUGAUAGUGGGGAUAGAGUGAAAAGGAGCGGGCAGGAGUGGGAGAAAGCUUCUAAGCCGAACAAUCGCAAAGUGAAGACUGGUGACACUAUCUUGAACAUCAGAGGCGCAGUCAGAGACGCGAUAGGCGACGCGGGCGCUGCGCCGGGGCACCGCGCGUCUUCUAUAGUCGACACCUUCGUGAUCCGGCCUGCGCAGGAGCAUGCGCAUAAGAUGCCAGUGCAUGAUCAGCCGAGAGUACAACCAUCCACUAGCCAGGCUCCGAAGAACGAUCGAGAGCUUCUGGUAGAAGCUCACUCCAAAGCCCGAAUAACAUGUGACCUCAUCAAUGUCACUAAUCUGCGAUGGUUCAAGGAUAAUGAGCAAAUGAACGUGCCAACCGCAUCUGGGAACGGUGGUGGUGAAGCUAUUUGGAGGGAUGGUGAUUCUCUUGUGGUCGGUCGAGCUACGAGAGGUGACUCCGGUGCCUGGAGGUGUGCUGGGAUCGACAAGGCUGGCAAGAAUGUUUCUGGGAAGCCGAUGACACUACUCAUAUAUGAACCAGUUAGAUCAGUCUAUUUGGCGGUGGACGGACGAAGACUUGAUGCCGGCAACACCUGGGUUCCAGUUCGGGACAAAACCGUCCUUGAAGUGCGGUGUGUAGCUGAAGGCGGUGUGCCCCCUCCAGACCUAACAUGGCGGCUGUUAGCACUUGAGCCGUCGCUGGAUCACCGGCCUUAUCUUCGAAUAUAUCAUACUAAUUAUAGCAUAGAAGGUGUAUCAUCAUCUCAUGUAGUGGUGACGGCAGCAAGGGAGCUCCACAAUGCGACAUUACAGUGUGAGGCCCGCCAGCGGAGCCCUAGGCCUACAUCGGCUCCGAUGACCACCGAUGUGAUGACUGCUAAACUGGAAAUUCAUGUCACUUAUCCACCAUCAUUCGUAAUAUCCCGGUGGCCUGGAUUCGGUGUCUCCUUAUCUGCUGGUGGGGCAGCAGCGUUAAGGUGUGACGUGGAUGCUAACCCCCCGGCCAGGGCGUGGUGGCUGAGAGAUGACGCUGAUCCUACUAGCUCCCCACCACCUCUGGAAGCUGGGGAUGAAAGUGCAAGAGGUUCAGCCACUCUCCGUUGGGCCACACUCCGAGCGACCCACGCGGGCUGGUAUAGAUGUAGAGCAACGUGGUUGGACGCGGAGUACUCUUCUAUUGGAUACUAUUUAAAUGUCCUUGCCACUGAAGAGCACGCAGAAAGUUCAACUCAAGCAGAAGAGGAAGUUGAAGAAAUGGAUCACCAGAAGGUCGAUGUUCCUCUUGGUGGGAAUGUGCAACUACAUUGCCCAAAAGGCAGCGUAGGAUGUUGGUGGAGGCGAGUGGUUGGUAAUGCGUCAGAGACGUGGGCUCCUGCGGGAUCUCACCACGCUCAUGGUGUUUUAGGUAUAAAGGACGCGUUGUACCAAGAAGGUGGAGAAUACAGAUGCAUUGGAGCACGCGCACCCGAUCUGAAGCGUUUGCGAGAACUAAAGAGGAUCACAUUAAGAGUUACAGGUGGCGCCACUGCGACAGCUCUUAGCGCCGAACCAGCUGCAGGAGGCUGGCGUCUUGAAUGUGGGGCUUGCGGCCGAGGAGUCAGGGUUAUGUGGCUCCGUUCAGGAGUGGCCAUCAGAGCAUCUCUCACGCCCGACCUGGCACAGCAUUGCUGGCGAGCGGUCCUACAUGUUGUUGAGCCAGACGAGGUCUGGUGCGUAGCCGCAGCCGCCGGCGCAGGCGCAGUAGCAGUGUUCCCCCGCCGAGCGCCUCCCCCCUCCCCAGCGCCAGCGAGACAUACAGUAAGAGCAUUACACGACAGCGCCACGUCUUUAAGACCAGCUGUUACACCGUUGUUACUAAUCCUGCUCCUACGUUGAAAGGUGUUACGACCGUGAAUUUGUAAGACUUUUUGAUUUCUAUCAACGGUAGAAAUCUUUAGAGCAACGGUUUUCAUAAUCCUAUAGUGAACGCUUGCGCAGUUGAUGAUGGUGGUGUAAAAUGAAGGGUCAAUGUUGAUGAAAUUGAAAAAUAAUUCGUUGAAUAUAAAGAUGGAUAAGCUGAAAAUCUUGAAACAAAAGGGGAAACCAAUAAACUUGUAAGUUGGCUGACACUAUUGAAAAUGUUAACAUCCAAAAAGAAAAAUUCAACGAUAUUGAAAUCGUAAAAAUUAAACGGUGAAAUUCAAAGAUCAACACUUUGAAAGUGUAUGAAAAUUUGAAAUUAGUUAAUUUCAAUUUAAAAGUGGAUGAAACGGAUGAAUUUUUCAAUGUUGCGGAGCGUUCACGAAUACCCGUAGUGCUGUUAGGUUUAUAAGCGGUACAUUGUACCUUCUGUCUAAUACCUAUCUUUAGUCUUGUAGUAUACCGUAUUUGUCACUCUAGUAUACCUAUCUCUAUACUAUAAUAGUUCGCUGCAGUUACAUCUUUAGGAUCAUUUUCAGUAAUAUUUUUAUCUUACA